AUGUCUAACCUUCACUGUAGUCAAGGGCCCCAGAAUAGCAAUGUCAACAAUGGGAAUCAAUGCCGAGAAGAGCAUUACUGGCCCACCAUCCGUAAACACGCCCUGGGCCAAGCCAGUCUUGACGAAACACCCAUGAAAUGUGUGUGCCCUGUUUGCAACUCUCAAAUCAGCGCUGCUGGCCUUCCUCGUCCCGACGGUAAAGCAAAGGAAGGCCUGAUCACUCCCUGUGGGCAUAUCGUCUGCUACGAAUGCUGGCCAGAGGCAGCCUUGCGAUUUGAACCCGUAGGCUAUGCGUAUGCCGAACAGCGCAAGUGUCCUGUUUGCAACGAACUCCUCGAGUGUUCAGCAUUUGGUCGCAUCUGCAUCAAACAGCAGGUUCCCGAGUACUCGUGCGAUGUUCAGGAUAUCAAGGCUGUUCUACCUACAAUUCCUGAGACCACAUUUUUACCACAUGAAUCCUGUAUCGAAUGCUUAGGAUUCGUUCCUACUGUCUUUGGCUGUUGGUUUCCUUUUGGUACUUGGGUACUGGAACGUGCGCGGAUCGGCACAUAG